AUACAGUAUCUAUUUAUUGCGCUGCAAGAUAGCAUAUGCUCGUAUUGGAUCCAAAAGCGUUGUUCCUUUUAAAAUACGAAAAUAUACUGAUACUGAUAUGUAUUGUUUUGUGCAUUAUUGGAAUACACCAGGAAGCGAUUUAUUUGAAUAAUUUAAGUAACCACCUAUAUUCACUCAAGUUCGUGGGGAAAAAAUCAUUCGAUGCUUCUUUAAAAACUUAUUUGAUCUCAAUGGAUACUAAAGAAUACGGUCACACAUCUUCGCAACGAUGACGAACUACGAUAUUGUGUUACGUAUACUCCAACUGGGCGACCACUCUGUCGGAAAAUCCGCCGUCCUAAACGCUGUACGUCGGCCGAAAGCAGACAGCUUCCGCGGCCGUCGGCAAACAACAUCAAACCGACCUUUUGUCACUGUCGAAAUAGAAAUGUGUAGGGACAAACGUCGGCUAUUGUUGAAGGCGGUCGACACAGGAGAUGUGGAAAUAAUCAAAGCACAUGGACAAGGAAUGAAAUCACAACUUCGGAAAUCCCUCACUUACUCAAAAGUUUGUCAGAGUGCGGUGAAAAUGUUCGACACAGUGCUUGAAGAGCCACCAGACUUUUAUAUCAGACUUGUUUUACUCGGAGACGGUGGUACGGGAAAAUCACGAUUAGCAAAACGAUUCUCGUGCAAUACAUGUCGUUCAGCUUUUAAGAAAAUACCAUCAAGUGUUGACCUAAAAAGCUUCGAGUAUGUGGAUAGAAUUAUCAAGAGAGAAAAUCACGUUGUACUUGCUCGUCUCUACGACACAGCCGGUCAGGAAAAGUUUCGAAGCCUUACCGCGUCCUACUACCGAGGGGCCCAUGGCUGCCUCCUGUUGUUCGACGUCACCAACGAAACUACAUUCAAGAACGUCGCUUACUGGCUUUACGAUCUUAGAGAACAUUCAACACAACCGGACGUGUGCACAAUCUUAGUUGGCACGAGAUGUCAUGUGCCUUUAGCGGAACGAGCAGUGUCGACCGAACGAGCAGAGAAAUUUGCGGAAAGUGAGGGUCUAACGUACAUGGAAAUAAGCGCGGAAGAAGGUAUAAACGUAAUGGAAGUAUUCGAAAAGAUGGCGGACCUCAUCAUAGCAAAACUUGCAAAGGCUCAGUUAAUUAUAACACAACCGCAAGACACAGUAAAGCUCCCCAGGAAGCCAACACAACCUAAGAAAGAGAUAUGUUCGUGUUAGCGAAGUUCCCAAACAUGUCAACAUUGAAAGCUUUCAGUGCGGCAAAAUUUAAGAGAUUCCGACGUGAGAAGCGCUUCAUGUUUCACACUGUAUUUCAUUUAGACGGUUUCAACCCUUUUUUAACUGUCAUGAGAGCACUUCCUUUCGAGACUCAUAAUAUAACAUCUAUUUAAUAAACGUAUGGCUUAAUGCACAUUCAAAUAUAUGUAUUUGAGUGAAAAAGAUAGACCAGAUGGUAAAGCGUUGGGCUGCAUAUUCGAGGAUCGCGGGUUCGAUCCCGGCCUAGCCACAUAGCGUGGAUGGGGAUUGAUACUACAAAUCUCAGUUUCAAGUAUGGGUGUUGUCAUUUACUGGUUUAAGUCAUGCAUUAAGUACCGGUAAACCACUUGACCCGGCAAAGUAUGAGAUUCAAAUAUGGUGAGAACGGCACAAAACCCAACAAAUCAAAGUACAUUAUCAAUUGAAGGAACCUCAUUAAAAUGUUUUCUUCCUGCAUUGAUUUAAUAAUAUUCAUUUUCUUGAAAUAUCAUAGUUUGAACCAUAGAUAUUUCUUAUGGAUCAUAUGGUUACGGCUGUAGACUUUUAGAAUUUAUUAAUAAAAAUUCACGUUACAGUCGUUGAUCUCAUUUUUGUGCAUUUUCUGAGUUUUAUCUCUUUUGUAAAUAUUUUUCCUCAGGUUUCUAUGAUAACUUUGCUUGUUGUAAUAUAUAUGUUAAGCAUAAGUUGGUGGUUGCAUAUACCUCUUGAUUGUUAAAAUAAAAAAAAAACUAAACUUAUUAAAUGUUUAAUUUGAUUGAUGUUAAUGAUUAUUAAAAUAAAUUGUCUUUUAUGUAAAUACUAGUACAUAAUGCAAGUGCGUUUGUAUUCACUACACUGCACACAAUAAAGCUUUAAAAACC